AUGACAAAACUUUCCAUCAUUUUACAAUUUAUUAUCUCAUCUGUGGUGAUUGAGAAUAGUAGAGCUAUCUCGAGUCCUCUAGCACCUUUUACCACAUACAAACAUUCGAUUGAAUUACAGAAAAAUGUUGCUGAUCUCUGGUGGACAGUCGAUGACAAUGAACGAGAGAUCACAUUCGAACUUCAUAUGAAUACGACAGGAUGGAUUGCAUUGGGUAUUAGUCCAGCUGGUGGCAUGAAAGGUGCCGAUAUCGGUGUGGGAUGGGUCGAUCAGACAGGCAGUGCACAUUUUCAAGACCGUCAUGCAUCUGCUAAUGGACGUCCUAUGGUUGAUAAUACGACGAUUGAUUGGUUCGCUGUUCAAGGUCAUGAAUCUGGUACCAAUAAUCUUAUUUUUGCUUAUGGCUUGACCGAUCCUGUUCCAUCAGGGCCAAAUGGUGAAAUCACUUAUCAUGAAAAUCGACGUGGUUCACGUACUCUUCCACUGCGAUCAUAUGCUGAUCCACCAUCAGAAGAUAUAUUUGCUGGACUUGACUAUGUUGAAUUUCGUUUGAAUAAUUAUGUGGUUCCACCAACUGAUACAACAUAUCAUUGUAAAAUAUACAAAGCUCCGAGUAACUAUUCAGUCAAACGACACGCUAUUGGUCAUAAGACAAUUGUUGAUUCGGCCAGUCAAGAUCUUGUUCAUCAUCUACUCAUGUAUGAAUGUGAUUCAACAGCUCAGUUUGAUGAUAAUAACUUGCCUGAUGGUUUAUGUGAUCAAAUUUAUCAACAAUUAGCACCAUGUGCUUCGAAUAUUGCAACUGGUUGGGCUGUCGGUGGUGACUAUGUAAGAUGGAAAAGAUUUUCGAAAUAA